CCCAAAAAAAAAACCCCCCAUUAUGUUUGGAUUUGGCUCCAGUCGAAAGUUGUCUAUACUGAUUCACACAAGACUCUCUGACCGCCAAGCUACAAGUUACCACCUUGUCUCCACUUAUGAGAUCACACCUGUGACCCGGCGCGCCAAACAUCUCUCUAUUUUCUGACACCGGUUCAGGGACCAGCUAAUUGACUUUCGCACCAAACUCAGUAUACAUUCCUGAAGCGGCCAAAACGGUAAAAUGCUUCGUUGGUACCAAGCAAGGCUGGCCUCCCGGCCACUGCUCACACAGAGCAUAACCACAGCUGUCCUGUUCGCGACAGGAGACAUCACAGCGCAGCAACUUGUGGAGAAGAAGGGCAUCGAGAACCAUGAGCUCGCCCGAACAGGACGCAUGUUCUUGUACGGUGGUGCCGUCUUCGGCCCGGCCGCGACGACCUGGUUCAAGUUCCUGCAGCGCAAGGUCGUGCUGAAGAACAAGAACGCCGAGAUUGUGGCGCGCGUCGCCUGCGACCAGGGCCUCUUCGCGCCGACGUUCAUUGGUAUCUUCCUGUCCAGCAUGGCCGUCAUGGAGGGCGGCUCGCCCAAGGAGAAGCUCGAAAAGAGCUACCUGCCCGCCCUGCAGACAAACUACCUGAUCUGGCCGUUCGUGCAGCUCGUCAAUUUCAAGUUCAUCCCGCUCCACCACCGGGUCCUGUUUGUCAACUUCAUCUCCAUCGGCUGGAACUGCUACUUGAGCUUCUUGAACAGCACUGGCUGAAGGGUUCUUUUGCGCAUUGUGCAAGUUGAUUUGGGACGGUGGGGCAUAGCGUUCUGCUCUCGAGCUUCUUCAGCGUACGGAUAGAUGGCGAGCCCAAGGCGCGAGGCGUUGUAUUCAUGACAGCAGUUACACUCAUCACACGGAUAUCUUGUUUUAUAUUGACAAGUACACAUGCAUACGAAGAUCGAUUGCUAGGGAAGACAGCUUGGGUCAUCU